CGUCGUCGUCGUCGUCGGGCGGUGCUGUUGCCCAGGAGAGAUGAAUCCUCAGAAAAAACGCAAAAUGAAAAGUUUUAGCUAGGGUUUAACUAGGUCUGGCUUUGAUGCUGCGCAUGAUGCAAAGGCACCUGUGUACGCCUGCAGCGAUUCCGGCCCCGACACGCGGCGCCGCCUGCCUCGGUCUCUCAUCCGCCCCUGCAUCCGUCCGCAUCUUCUCCCCACGACCAAGAGCACAGGCGCUGAGGGCCGUGUCCGAUAUGGCGUUCGAGCGGAUCAAAGUCGAUAAUCCGAUCGUGGAAAUGGAUGGUGAUGAGAUGGCCAGGGUGAUCUGGAGCAUGAUCAAAGAAAAGCUUGUUGUGCCGUUUGUGGAUGUGGAUAUCAAAUACUAUGAUCUUGGCAUUCUCAACCGAGAUGCCACCGAUGACAAAGUGACUGCUGAAAGUGCGCAGGCUACCCUCAGGUACAACGUGGCCGUCAAGUGUGCAACCAUCACUCCUGAUGAGACUCGGGUCAAAGAGUUUGGGCUUAAGAGAAUGUGGAAAAGUCCCAACGGAACCAUCAGGAACAUCUUGAAUGGUACCGUGUUUCGGGAGCCUAUCCUUUGCAAAAAUAUUCCAAGACUUGUGCCAGGAUGGCAAAAGCCAAUUUGCAUUGGCAGGCAUGCUUUUGGGGAUCAGUACCGAGCAACAGACAUGGUGAUUCAAGGUCCUGGAAAGCUUAACCUGGUAUACGUCCCUGACAAUGGAAAGCCGGUGGAACUGGAAGUAUAUAACUUCAAGGGCGCGGGUGGCGUGGGACUGUCCAUGUUUAACACAGACGAGUCGAUUGCAGCUUUUGCGAAGUCGUCGAUGAUGAUGGCCUAUGACAAGAAAUGGCCUCUAUACUUGAGCACAAAGAACACAAUCUUGAAGAAGUACGACGGCAGGUUCAAGGAUAUCUUCCAGGAUGUAUAUGAAGCCGACUGGAAGUCAAAGUUUGAGGAAGCCGGAAUCUGGUAUGAGCACCGGCUUAUUGAUGAUAUGGUCGCGUACGCUCUGAAGAGUGAAGGUGGUUAUGUAUGGGCCUGCAAAAAUUACGACGGCGAUGUUCAGAGCGAUUUUCUUGCUCAAGGUUUUGGUUCACUGGGUCUCAUGACUUCAAUUCUGAGAUGUCCCGAUGGGAAGACCAUCGAAGCUGAAGCUGCUCAUGGCACAGUGACACGGCACUUCAGGGUGCAUCAGAAGGGAGGAGAAACUAGUACGAACAGUAUAGCAUCCAUUUUUGCAUGGAGCCGGGGACUUGGCCACAGGGCUAAACUGGAUGGUAACUUAAAACUACAAGAAUUUGCUGAGAAGCUGGAAGCGGCUUGUGUUGGGACUGUCGAAGCUGGCAAGAUGACUAAAGAUCUUGCGAUACUUCUCCAUGGCCCGAAGGCUCCUCGAAACAUGUAUCUUAGCACCGAAGAGUUUUUAGAUUCGGUCGCAGGCGAUCUCAAGCGGCGACUGUCCCCUGCUACUUCCAAACUGGAGGAGCCACUUCUUCAAGGCCGCUGAGAAUCAAAGCACAAUAACUUGCUUCUCCAAGCAAGAAAAGUUUGUACAGAACGGAAAUAAAGACUGCGCUUCUACACAA